CUUUUCACCUACAAUUAACGUAAUUAACUCUCCGAUUAAACUUGAUCCUUUGUUUUGUUUUUUUGUAAUGGAGCUUCGUAAACGGAAAAUACGAGCUCCAUUACAUAUCUUCGUCGGCAUAACGUUCUUCCUCCUUCAGCUUUGGUCGGGAACGGCCCAAAUUAACCAUGAAGACUCUUCCACAAAACCCUCCGUUAAAAACUCUCCGUCAGCGACGAGUACUCGGCUUCUGUUGUCACCACCUUCGUUCACCGGAAACCGAUUCUCGUUCAGGUUCAGGUGGAGGAGAAUACGACGUCGUAACAGAGUCAACAGAGCGAGCAGAGAGUUUUUAAUCGCACAUAACCUCGUAAGAGCGCGCGUGGGAGAACCACCGUUUCAAUGGGACGGAAGAUUAGCGGCGUACGCGCGCACGUGGGCGAAUCAGCGCGUGGGUGAUUGUAGGCUUGUUCACUCUAACGGGCCGUAUGGAGAAAACAUAUUUUGGGCCGGAAAGAAUAACUGGAGCCCCAGAGAUAUUGUUAAUGUGUGGGCCGAUGAGGAUAAAUUCUACGACGUGAAAGGUAACACGUGUGAGCCGCAACACAUGUGUGGGCACUACACGCAGAUCGUGUGGAGAGAUAGUACCAAGGUCGGAUGCGCAAGUGUGGAUUGUUCGAACGGCGGCGUUUAUGCGAUUUGUGUUUAUAACCCACCGGGAAAUUACGAAGGUGAAAAUCCGUUUGGAAGUUAUGAUGAUCAGAUUGGUCUUGCCCGGGAUGAUCCACCGGCGGUGAUCGGAGGAAUGGCUUGAGAGUGGAGGACACGGCGGUGUCACAAUCCACUUUUAGUUACUAAUUUUUUUUUCUUCUCUCAAACUUUUUUUGGAUGAAACUUAACCUUGGGUUUUUAUUCAGUGGAACGAUCAUCUAAUAACUGAUUCAUUAAACAAGUUUAUAAUUUCGACAUUUUAUAUAGUGAAUCGUUAGAAUUGAUGU